UUCCUUCCUUCCUUCUCCAUGCAGGCAGCCAACUCUGGAGGGAGGAAUGAUGAUGACGCUAGCGAGCUAGCUAGCUAGCUAUCCGAGCAGCAGCAGUUGUUUGAUUACUGAUGCCAUUAUUUGCAAUUCACUUGCUCGCGUAAAACGAUGAAUUCACUGCUGUCUAACCCGCAAGGGAACGGACUCCUUUACGCUGGCUUCAACCAGGACCACGGUUGCUUUGCCUGUGGGAUGGAAAAUGGAUUUCGAGUGUACAACACAGAUCCUCUGAAGGAAAAGGAGAAACAAGAGUUCUUGGAGGGCGGGGUGGGCCAUGUGGAGAUGCUUUUCCGGUGCAACUAUUUGGCUCUUGUGGGCGGAGGAAAGAAACCCAAGUACCCAACCAAUAAAGUAAUGAUCUGGGAUGACCUGAAGAAGAAGACCGUCAUUGAGAUUGAGUUCUCCACAGAGGUGAAAGCAGUCAAGCUUCGACGUGACAGAAUUGUGGUGGUCCUGGACUCCAUGAUCAAAGUCUUCACCUUUACCCAUAACCCUCACCAGCUGCACGUGUUUGAGACCUGCUACAACCCCAAAGGUCUGUGUGUGCUGUGUCCCAACAGCAACAACUCCCUUCUGGCGUUCCCUGGCACUCACUCAGGCCAUGUUCAGAUUGUGGACCUGGCAAACACAGAGAAACCGCCAGUGGACAUCCCCGCCCACGAGGGGGCGCUGUGCUGCAUCGCCCUCAACUUACAAGGCACCAGAAUAGCAACGGCAUCAGAGAAAGGGACACUUAUCCGAAUUUUUGACACGUCGGCAGGUCAGCUCAUACAAGAGCUGAGACGAGGCUCUCAGGCGGCUAACAUUUACUGCAUCAAUUUCAACCAGGACGCAUCUCUCAUUUGUGUAUCCAGUGACCACGGCACAGUGCACAUCUUUGCGGCCGAAGACGCCAAGAGAAAUAGGCAAUCCAGGUUUGUCCGUGUGCAACCUUCAAUCCAAUGGUUUGUUUUCCCGCAUCUCAAACACUGCCUUGUCUCCAGCUUGGCCUCAGCCAGCUUUCUUCCCAAGUACUUCAGCUCCAUGUGGAGCUUUUCCAAGUUCCAGUUGCCGUCAAGCUCCCCGUGUUUGUGUGCCUUCGGAACAGAGCCCAACGCUGUCAUAGCUAUUUGUGCUGAUGGCAGCUACUACAAGUUCCUCUACAACCAGAAAGGGGAGUGUUCCAGAGACGUCUAUGCCCAGUUCCUGGAAAUGACAGAUGACAAAAUAUGACCUUUGAAAUGUUCUUGAGGAACCACCAUUACACAGCCUAGUUGUCUUUCUUUUUUUUUCGUUUUCGUUUUCUUCCCAUUCUCCACAAGGGACGAGAGGUCCCUCUGCUGCACUUCUCUUAAAUGACUCUGCUGAAAGAGCUUCAGUUGGAGAGGACAGAGAAAUAGUCAAGGCGACAGCGACGUCCACCCUUGAAGAAAACGCGAGGGACUGAAACACAAAAGCAAGGAGGUGUUUUGGACAUCAGUCGCUUUGAAGAUGUCCUCUGAUGACUUUCCAGCGAAUGGCUAUUUUUUAAAUCACGUAGAGAGAUUUUUGUCGACUCACACCACCUAAGCUAAUUCUAGGGAGUGCCUCUGAGUGGAGCGAGAGAGAACCUGCAAACACCUUGUCACGUGGCAUGAUGAUACCAAUGUUUCUGUGUGCGUGUGUGUGUGUUCUCCAAGCAGGCUUACAAAGAGCACCCAAGAGAGCUGAGUUCAUCAUUGCAUCCUUCACUCAAUUCAAGACUGAAUAUUAAUUACAUACCAUUGUGCAGAAUGAAGUCAAGUCAUAUUUGCCCGAAGCUUUUGUUUUUUUUUAUACAUUGUGCAAUACUUUUUUUAUUUAGCGGUUAUACAAGUUUUGCUAUAGCCGUGGUAUCAUUUUCUAGCCAUGUAUUAUGGCCUUUUUUUUUGUUAACACGUAGCGGAGUCGAUAAAGAAAAACAAAUGAUGCUACUACAAACGUAUUUGGAAUAAGUCCUUAAAAUUAAAAAAAAAAAAAAAAUCUGAUUUAUGCCCUAAAGUGUUUAUAUUUUCCUUACACAAUAUUGAGUUAAGCGCGCCGGAAACUACAGGAAUCGGGUUUCAAAUGACUUUCCGUCAUAACAAAAUUGUGAUUUUUUUUUUUUUUGUUUCGAUGACACGUAAUGUCAAAAUACUGUACUUGUAAUCUGCUCUCUGCUGUGUACAUACAUUCUAUCGAAAGAAAAAUAGGGAGUUGUCUUCCGUGACACCAUCUUUAUGAAUUCUUAUAAUUAAGAGAAAUCCUAUUUUCUAAAGUAUAUGUUCCAACUUCCCACGAGGCCCAUGACAGCAUUUUCAUCGUAACAUUUCACUUGUUCACCAGAUUGUUUAUUUGUACUGUAUUCUUCCUCCAUAACUGAACAUUGAAGGGAUGCCGCUCAAAAGUGAUCAUUAAGUUUGAUUGUAAAACAUGAACAAAAUGUGCAUUGACAUUUGCUAAUUAAAUAUACUAGCUUUUACAUUUA